AUGGACGCUAUCGGCCUGGAGGAUUUCCGGCCCUGGUCGCCCCAGGCGCCGUACGCGGACGCCGCGCCCUACGCGGACGCGCCAGGGCCGCCAUCGUCAGAGGCCCCGCUGCGGCGAUUGCUACGGGACUGCUGCGUGGCCAUGGGAAAGCAGGAAGCAGACGCUCAGCGCUUUUGGACGCGUUUGCAGGCCGAGUGGUUGGAAUCUCCGCAGCAGAUGCGGCUUUUGCCAAAGGAGGCCUGGCAGCGUUUGGCGCUGCCCGUGGGUCUUGAGGCCGAGCUGCAGAGGCGCUUGGACUGCACUGUGAAGGAUCAAAAGCUGAAGCAGCUUGACCUUUCCGCAAAAAAACGACGCCAAAGCCCAGCUGUGCGCAAGACAUCAGCAGGGCCUCGGCCUGCAGCGACGCCAGCGCCUGCGACGUCCGUCAGCUCCUUGCGCCAGGUGCUUCGCAGCCACUGCGGCGAUGCCUGGGCAGCGCAACUUCUGUCGCAGCUGCGUCGCCAGGAACGAUGUGGCGAUGGAGUGGAUGCCAACGCAUUGCAAUCUGCCCUAAGGUCACUUGCUGUUCCCAGCUACAGCCAAGCUGCAGUCAGCAACGCCGUACGCCAGGCAGGCCGAGACACACGCGGCUUGCCCAGCGCUGAAGAUGUGGUUGCGGCCAUCCAUGGAAAUCUCUCUGGUGCAAGGGCGCGCAUGGUGGAUGAGGUGUUUUUCGAUUUGGGUGGCGACAUUCAUGGAACUCUGCCCCGGCAGAUGCUAAAGAGGCGAAUGGCUACCCUGGAACUUCCGGCCGUGAAGGCAGGCUUUUCCGCCGAGGAGGCCUUACGGAGCUUCACACGCCAUUGGGGCUUUCAGGAAGUGGAUCGUCAGAGUUUCUCGGAAGCGCACGUCCUCCUAUCAGCGUUGCACCGGGGCGAAGAUGAUGCAUUCAAUCAUCUUCUCCGACGUCUGUGGCGCUUGCCCAAAACCACGGGUGAGGACGUUCACUCUUCUCCAGUGCCACGUUUAGUCUCCAAAAAUGCAGAGGGGCUGAAAGCCGGCGAACGACAAGACAGUGACAGGGGACCUGCUCGGACAAGUAUCCUCGAACAGGAGAGGGCUCCAGAAGAUAGAAGUCACCGCAUUGCAAACAUCGAGGAUGCCAUCCAGAGUUCCUCGCGUGCCACUGAGCUGCUUGAGCGCAUUCGCAGUGCCUUGCGUUCUCGCGGGCCGGAUGCCGUGAAGCUACUGACCCGCAGGUUUCAGCAGGAGAAAGGACGAGGACUUGGCCCUAAGGAGUUACGACAGGCCUUGGCCGAGGUGGGCAUCGGAGCGCAGGAGGAAGAUGUUGCUGAGCUCCUACGAGGCAUGGACGUGGAUGGCAGCGGUACCGUUGACUUGGAGGAAUGGUUGCGUGUGCUGCGUGGUCCCCUAAGUCCUGCACGCGCCGCCGUCGUGCGGGAGGUGCGGCUGAUGUUGGUUCCUGAGCAUGAGGAUACAGAUAUCAGUGAUGCGGAGAGUAGUAUCAGUGGCAAGAGUGGGAAAUCUGGUGCUUCAAGCUUGCUCUCAAGGAGAUCGCCGAGGCGUUCGGGCUUGAGCAUCACUAGCGGCAGAAACACAGAGGACCUAAAGACCUAUAAGGAUCUUCUGCUGCAAAGAGGAUACCACAUAACAGGCGUCCUUGGCCGUGGACAGAAUAGCGGUUUUGUGGUCCACUCAGCUACCAAAGACGGUGAGACUUUUGCAGUGAAAGUGUCUACGGAAUGCGAUGAGGAGGGGACCAAUGGCGCUACACUACGGAGGGAACAUCAAAUCUUAAGCAGGCUAUCACAUGAGAACAUUGUCAAGGUCUCGGCCAUGUGGAAUGGCGAGGUCGGGGACGGUGUUCCAGGUGCUGCUAUGGUGUUGGAGUAUUGCAAAGGGAGUACACUGAGCCGACAUCUUCCUUUUUCUUCACACCGCGAAGUGGUGUCGCAUCUCGCCUGGAGAAGAAGUUGCCUCCAGCAGCUGGCAAUUGCAGUUGCAUAUCUCCGCUCGAUGUCACUUGAGCACAGGGAUUUGCAUGCCAGGAAUGUCAUGGUGGAGUUUCCUUCUCGUUUGGAAGUUUCGCCAUCAGAGUGUCCAGUGGUCGUGAAAGUGGUGGAUUUUGGCUGUUCCGCUCCAACUGACUGCGACAAGGUCAUGGAGGAGGAUGUCAACGUCAACAUCUUGCCUGUCGGCUCCACAAAGCCUUGCGACGUGUUUGCACUGGGACUGCUGGGUGUAGCCCUGUUGGCGGGGAAGGAGAUUUGCAGCUGGGGGGUGGUUCCCCCUGAGGGAUCGGAACUCCGUCUGCCACCCUGUGGGUUGAAAGAAUUUCGUCUCGCGAAACCCUUCGAGGACUAUUUGCGAACGUUGCUUGAUCUGGACUCUGAGAGGCGUUUGAAGGCUCAAGAUGCUGUGGACAAGCUUCCAGAAGACACUCGUUGGCUCAUUCCCAAGAAGGUUUCAUUGUGA